AUGCGCAGUAUAUUCUACUUUGCUCUUGCCUUCGCGGCUUUGACUUGCAGCAACGCUUCCGCAGCGUUCCUGAAUCCCGACGAAACUCGGCUCUUAUCAGACACUUUUACCAAAAGAUCCCUUCGGGUCGCAGGCCAAGAAGCUGCCCGGGGCGAAGAGAUUGUGAGAGUUACAGCCCAGAGUACUAACAAAAUCUUCAAGUGA